AAGUCCUGCAUUUCCUCUCGUCGCAUCACUUGUGUGUCGUGUCUGUUAGGUAGCUGCUACUUAUUUAAACAACCCAAAUUAAAAUAUGAAACAUUUGACAGGAGAGUGAUAAUAAACACGCGCUGCACGAGGAAUGAGACGCUGUUCAUUCGCUUACGUUUGUAAACUGCAGUAAAGAAAAGUGUUUUGGAAACGCUGCUGUUUACAUUUAUACAAACUGUUUUUGUUGUGAAAGAACGCGUUGUAUUUGUUGCUCAGGACGGCCCAUCCGUGAAUAAUCUGCUUCAUCUCUUCAUGUUGGGGAUGUGAUCCUCUCUCACGUUAUGGUCUCAGCCACUCAUGUGAUCAUGACUGUCCAUCCUUUCCUGGUCCUGCUGCCCAUUCUGGGGCUCCUUGUGUUUCCAUAUACACCCAUGCAUUUGGUAAAUGGCCUCCGGAUAGUGUCUAAUGUGACUGUGGAGAAACCGGAGAAUUGUUCCCUGAGUCUUUGUCCUGCCGGUGAAUUCUGUUCGAAGGCUAUUCCUAAUUCAAAACAAUCUUUGUGUUUUCUGAUCAGCUGCCCGAAUAAUACCCAGAAUUUUUCUUGUGAAAAUGUCACAGAUUUCAACGACCUGUUUGCGGAACCAGAUGUGAACACAAAUGACGCUAUCCAUCUGGGCAAAAAUCAGACUGGUGAAUCUGUGCUGACCAAUCAUUCUUCUGAUACCAACUCUUCCCAGUCUUCUCCAGAUGGUUCUUCAACUAAUGUCACACUUAAUGCUGACGACUUGAUCUCCAGGACUUCCACUACCACAAACCCGGCCACUUUAACAAACAACUUUAUGACUAUAGCGACCACCAACCUUCAGACAACUCCAACAGAAAUAAUCGCCACAACCGUUGCAGUGCCAAAACCAACAAUCAACAUAACCACUCUGACAACACCAGCCACGACAUCCACCACCACAACUACACCUAAACCAACUACAACCAGCCCUAAACCCUCUCCAACAACUACCAGAACAACCACCACCUCCACAACAGUUGCACAAACCAUAACCUCAAAACAGCCUUCUUCACCAUCGCCAUCAGGGACCAAAACAUCUGCCAGCAUCUCACCAUCAGUGCCUACAACAACUUCAUCCACUCCUUCCGCAAAACCAAUCCAAACUUCUCCAGCAUCAUCAGAUGAGAAGAAGCCAUCACCAACCACACCAAAAACCAUUGAUGCAUCUACACUGCCCAAGGACAUUCCCAAAAGGGACCAAGCCAUGAUUGAGGUGGCCGGAGACCCUUUGACCAGCCACCUGUUGAACACAAGCUCCUUGUUGGCCGUUCUUCUGUUUGGCCUCCUCUUCUUCGUGGUCACGGUGGCGCUGUUUCUCAAACAAGCGUACGAGAGUUACAAGCGGAAGGACUACACUCAGGUCGACUAUCUCAUCAAUGGAAUGUACUCCGAUUCAGGGGUCUGACCAGGAUUGUGCGGUUUACAUUUCAGUAUAUUUCCUUUUUCAACGGGUGGUAGCAGAUUGACUUUGGUUUGAGACCUCUUGGUAGCACUCAAACACUUGAAAGCCCCUUACGACUUCUAGAUACGAGAAUCCAGCUGGUGCUCGAGUGAGUUGGUUUGAUGUGUAUCUUUUGUUUCUAUGCAGAUUUAGCUUCCAUGUAAUUCUUGGCAUAUGGGGCUGAAGCCUUAGUAUUAACUUAGCCCUCAACCUUCAUUCAACGAAUGUCAUUAUUAAGGGAUUCAUAGUGCAAUACAUGGAAAUGUUGUCUAAUCUGUCAUGUCCAGUGUUUCAUCUGCGGCUGCUGAGUUGGCUGCAAUAAUUGCCUUUUUAUGUUUGUCAGAACGGUUCAGGAACAUUCAAAGAAUUAUGUAUUAAUGCCUUUUUUUUUUUUUUUUUUUUUUUUUUGUAUGUAUGUGAGAAAUAAAUGCCAAACCAGGAAUUGUGGCACAGAAGCACAUUAUUGUAAAGCCAAGGGAAUAACUCAGCCAUUGUGUAUUUAGUGUCUGGAACAAAGAUCAGAUUAGAGGAAGGGAUGAAGUAUGAUAGUUUGAUUUGAUAUGUGCCAAAUUGAUUUUGUAAGUCUUAAUAGCUGCACUGUUAAAAAGAUAUAUAAUAAAGAAAAAACUUACUUUGCA